AUGUCCACCUGCUCUCAAUCUCAUCACACUAACCGUACGCGCUCCAUCCUCCAUGCCGCAAAGAAUGGCAAAUACGCUGUCGGCGCCUACAACUGCUAUAACACCGACGGCAUCAUGGCAGUCAUCCGCGCCGCCGAGCGCGCGCACAGCCCCGCCAUAAUCCAACUCUUUCCCUGGACUAUGCACUUCCAGGGCGCACACUUCAUCCGCUUCGUCGUCGCUGCUGCGCAUGCCGCUUCCGUCCCCAUCGCUGUGCAUCUAGAUCACUGCAUCGAACCCGAUGACAUCGAUUUCGCUCUCACACUCCCCUUUGAUUCGUUAAUGAUUGAUGGGUCCAGCAUGGAUGAGGCUGAGAAUGUCGCGCUCUGCGCGAGCACGGUAGCCAGGGCGCAUGAGUGCGGUAUGGCGGUCGAGGUUGAAUUAGGGCGGAUUGAGGGUGGCGAGGAUGGCCUUCCUAACAUGGACCUAGGCAGUGUGAUGACGAGGCCUAGCGAUGCACGGGAGUUCCUGGAGGCGACUCAGGCGGACUUUUUGGCGCCCAGCUUUGGGAAUGUGCAUGGGGGCUACGGGGUUGUGGGAGCGGAGGGAUGUUGGGAUUUAGAGCUGCUCCAACAGAUCGAAGAGGCCGUCCCGUCCACUCCGCUCGUCCUGCAUGGUACGCAUCCGGUCUCGGACGAGCUUUUCCUCAGGGCAAUUGAAUGUGGCAUGAGCAAGGUGAAUGUUAACCGGACGGUGCGCGACAACUACACGGCGUUUGUGGCGGAGAAUGCGGGAAAGCUGGAGUUGACGGUGCUCAAGGUACGGGCAGUUGAGAUCUACGCUGAGUCGGUGGAAAGGGUGAUGAAGUUGUUUGGCUCGGCAGGCAAGGCUUGAUCCCGCUUGAGUAUUCAUAGAGAGUGUGGUAUCAGUGUAGAUUCUUCCCGAAUUGUCCUGUCAAGGAUGCGUGCACCGAGUAUUUACUCCAAAACCUAAGCCGAUAUCAGAUUUUCCU